AUGGAUACACAACCUCCUAUGAUAUUUCCUGCAGAGGAUUUCGUUAUGCAGCAGAACCGAGACCUUGUGCAAGAAUUUCAGAGAGCACUUGAGACAAAUCCGGCGGCUGAUUUGAUGGCUCUCAUUCCUAGUUCCUACCUUCAACGGCAUAGGAACGCACACAUAGAAAUGCUGGAAACGGAAACAGCCAAGCUCAACCAAAGAACCUUGAAUAGGCUGCAAGACAUGCUUCGAGUAGAGCCUGAAGUGGACCUCCGCGCAGCCUUUCCUUCCAACUAUGCUCGUCGUUUAGGAUUUGCAGCGCAGUCCAGCAAACCAAAAGACCUCAAACCAACAGAACCAAGAGGCCCUCCAGAUUUCCGAAAACGCCUCGAUCUUGUGGAGACAGCUUCAAUUAUUUUUCCACUGUCUGAUGAUGCAACUACCGUGCUAGCGUCAUUCUCGGAUUUUCCUAGUGACCCUAUUUGCACAGAGCAGUCGCUACUAUCGGCAUUGCGAAAAAUGACCUGGGAAUCCGAAAAGAUAUGGGAAAGCCCUAUCCGAGGCGUCGUCAUGAAACUUAACGACGACCUCGUUGUCAAAGUCAUCACAAACAAGGGUGAUUAUACCGAGUAUACGGCGAUGCAGUACCUUGCAGAACAGGCACCUGAAAUCCCUGCUCCGAGGCCCCAUGGCUUGAUCAGAUUCGGGUCAUAUUGCGCCAUUUUCAUGUCUUACAUCCCGUCCAUGACCCUGACUGAAGCAUGGCCGAAUCUCCCCCACGAAGAGAGGGUUUCUGUGCAGCAUCAGCUGGAUUGCAUAUUCAGUAGGCUCAGAACCCUUCGCAAAGAUGACGGCCACUGCCUAGGAGGAGUCGGCGGCGAGGGAGUCAAGGAACCCACGACCAAUACAAUAAUCAGUACACCUGCUGGAUUUGAGGAUCUCAAAUUCUCUGCUCGCCAUCAUGGUAGCAAUACCUACAUUAAAUUGCUCCGCACUUUGCCUACAGAAUUCACGCAGGGGUCGGUAUUCACUCAUGGUGAUGUUCGCCAGGAUAAUAUCAUGGUGAAGCUGGAUCAGGAUGGUGUUUGCACGGUUACCGGGAUCAUUGACUGGGAGGAUAGUGGGUUCUAUCCGGAGUAUCACGAGUGUACUCAGUUAACGAGGACACUGAGCGUGGUAGAUGAAGAUGACUGGUAUCUGUACUUGCCGGCAAGUAUUUCCCCGUUGAAGUUUCCUCUGCAUUGGCUUGUUGAUCGAUUGUGGAAUAUCCACCUCAAAACCACCUGA